ACGAAAACUGUUUUGACACCUGUCUUUAGAUGUGAAACUUUUGGAAAACAGACAUCGUUACGGGCGGAUUGCAAUGGCAAGGAUAGUGGAAUGUGUGCCUAACUUUUCUGAGGGCCGACAUAAAGAGGUCAUUGAGGCAAUAGCCAACGCUAUUGGUUCCACAGAAGGAUGCAAUUUACUGGAUGUAGACCCAGGCAUGUCCACCAAUCGGACGGUCUACACUUUUGUUGGACCUCCGGAGGCGAUCGUCGAGGGUGCCUUAAGUGGAGCCAGAGCUGCAUAUCAGCUUAUUGACAUGUCUCGACACAGUGGUGAGCACCCUCGUAUGGGGGCGCUGGACGUGUGCCCAUUCAUUCCCGUACAGAAUGUGACCAUGGAGGACUGUGUGGAGUGUGCGCGUGAAUUCGCAGAGAGGCUGGCCACUGAACUUGGCGUCCCGGUGUUCUUGUACGGAGAGGCAUCUAAUCAGGAGCACCGUAAAACUUUACCUCAAGUCCGACAGGGAGAGUACGAAGGAUUGACAGAGAGAAUUGUACAAGAGGAGUGGAAGCCAGAUUUUGGCCCGUCUGAGUUCAUUCCAUGUUGGGGUGCCACAGCAGUUGGUGCCCGAAAGUUUCUGAUUGCCUACAACAUCAACGUGCUGGGGACAAAAGAACAGGCUCAUAGGAUUGCCCUGAACAUCAGAGAGCAGGGCAGAGGCCCGCAAGAGCCGGGUCGGCUCAAGUCAGUACAGGGGAUUGGCUGGUAUCUAGAGGAAGGUAACAUGGCGCAGGUGUCACUCAAUCUGACAGACCACGAUGUCACACCUAUACACCAGGCCUAUAACGAGGUUCUCAAAGAUGCUCAGGAGCUGAAUCUGGCAGUGGUUGGGUCACAGAUCGUGGGGCUGGUCCCUCUCAAGUCUUUACUCCAGGUGGCAGACUACUAUAUGGAGCAAGAGAAGCUCUUCAUCCUGGAAGAGGACCAAAAACUUACACUGGUAAUUAACAGAUUAGGACUUAAUUCCUUUGGAUCAUUUAAUCCCAAAGAGAGAAUCAUAGAGUACAUGGUCCAGGAAGAUCGUGAGGGGCCCCUGGUGUCCAUGGGUCUGAAGGAGUUUAUCCUGACAGUGGGUUCCCGCACCCCUUCCCCUGGGGGUGGCUCUGUUGCAGCCCUUUCCGCAGCUUUGGGGGCAGCACUGGGCAGUAUGGUUGGGUUCCUGACAUAUGGAAACAAGAAGUUUGCGAGUCUGGACACGAAGAUGCGUGGAUUGAUACCUCCUCUGUACAAAGCCAUGAAGGAUUUGACGCCAUUUAUAGACGCAGAUGCAGCUGCUUUUAGUGAAUACAUGCUUGCUCUUAAAAUGCCCCAGAAAACAGAAGCAGAAAGAGAAGUACGUGAUCAGGCUAUGCAGCAGGGUCUGCAAACUGCUGUCCAGGUUCCCCUGACUGUAGCUCGUAUAGCUAACUCCCUGUGGCCCACUCUGAAGGAACUGGCUGAAGUUGGCAAUAUCAACUGUAGAUCAGACUUACAGGUGGGAGCCCGUAGCCUGGAAACGGGAGUGUGGGGAACUUUUCAUAAUGUGAUAACAAACUUAAGUGAUAUCAAAGACGAAAGCUACAAAAAUAAGGUGCGUGAAGAGAUUGACCAGGCUGUGAAAACAGCCCAGCAAGGUUCUGCAGACGUGCUCAAAAUCCUUGACCAGAGGAAAGACUAGAGUUGUCUCCCCUGGUGAAAGAGACAUAGUGUCCCUGUCUGCCAGUGUUGGAACAUUGUUAUGCUGGCCCAUAAAAGGAGUUUUAACUCUGUAAAAGUGAUGGCCAAUCCUGUAUGAAUGUGAAUAUAGUAAAGGGAUAUUUUUAUGUGAUUUUUAUGGUAAAUGAGAUAGACUGGCACUUGCUGCCAUAAGAAAUGUUUGUCUGAAGCAUUAAGGCAUUUGACUGCAAGAGCUGUGCAGAGCAUUUUAUGAUUAUUUGGGUAUCCAUAGUUUUCAGAACUGUCAUUGUCUGUAUUUUCCAGUGCUGGUGAGUUUUUGCACUUUUUUGGAGGGCAAAAAACUUGAACAUGUUCUAGGUUAAAUUUUCCCAAGACAAUAGGAGAAAUGAGAAGGGUUUUCGGAAAAUUGACAUAUAUAAAUAGAGAUUGGAGCUUUAGUAGUAAGUUGUACACUCUUGAAUGAAAGUUUGUUGAUUUUGUAUUUUCCAUGACUUUACCAGUUCCAUAUGAUUCCACAUUUAAUGUUGCGAAUGUAGGAAAGGAGCAGAGUGUUGUGUAUACACAGCUAAAUUUAGGAGUCCCUCCAGUGCCCAUUUGAUCUUAUUGUUGCCACGUAAUCAUAUUUCUGCUACAUCAUCUUUCUGCCUCAUGAUCUUAUUUCUGCCACCUGCCCUUUGGGUUGCCACCUGAUUUUAUGGCUGCCAUCUGAUCUUAUGGUUGCGACCUUAUCUCACGGCUGCCACGUGAUCCGCAGACUGCCACCUGAUCUCAGGUGCUGCUUGAUUUCAGGACAGCCACAUGAUCUUAUGGCUGCUUCUUGAUCUCGGGGUUGACAUGUGAUCUUAUUUCUGCCACCUGAUCUCAAGGCUGCCUCAUGAAUUUAUGGCUGAUACCUGUUUUAUGGCUGCCUCAUGAAUUUAUGGCUGAUACCUGUUUUAUGGCUGCCUCAUGAAUUUAUGGCUGAUACCUGGUUUUAUGGUUACCGCAUCAUGUUUUAUCCCGUGGUAUUUUCUUGCUCCAAUUACAUGUAGUUUUAAAAUUGCCACAGGGGUAUUUUACCAGGUCCUGUUUUUCACAGUAAAUGAUAAAAUGUUUUUGAACACUGACAUGGCUUAGCUUUCAUCACAGUGUUGUGAAUGUACACAAUAUAAGGCACUGCAAAAAGACCUGGUAAAGCAAUAGGUAUGAAUUGAAGUUAAUCAGAGGCAGUAGGGAACUGCAAUUUUUUGAACGAAUCUUGCAGUUUUAACGCACUUGAGUGCAUUUCAGCUGUGUUGUUGAGAGUAGCUUGUAGACUGUUAUGUGCAACAGAGUGAGGUAAAAAAGAAAUGAAAGGAAACUCUGGUAUAUCUGCCUAAAGGUCUUACCUAGGUCACAUUUAUAUAGCUAAUACUGUGAUGACAUAAUAUCAGACUAUGGUAAGAAGGAGCUUUUUGUGAUAUCAGAUGUGAACAUUCUAUCCACCCUAAAAUGGUAAAUGUGUAUUUUGUAUUUUUGAUAAUAUGAAGCUUGAUGUAUUUUCCUGUGAAGACAGAGAUGACGGACCAACAUGAACGUGAUUGUAAAGUGUACGAAUUUAUGUAGCAAAAAUUUUCUCACUUGUACACAGCUUUGUAGAUUUAGUUGUGAUCUGAAAACCAUUUUUGUUACAUAUAUACAUGUAUAAUUAUUGUAUUAGCUGAACUGGAAUAAAGUCUAUUUAUAUAAGAACUUGUUAGCUGAAUAAUGUCUGAAAAAAUUUACCAUAAAUGAUAAAUCAUCAGUUUUCAAGUGAUUUUCAAUCUUAGCUUGAAUAGUGGGAUAAAUCUCAGUGGCUCAUAGCUUCAUUUAACAUUGAUGCUGCAGAGUAUUGGCUGACUCAUGCAGUAUAUGUAGUUACAGUGUUGCAGUAAUUCUUGUUUGCCUCAUGCAGUAUACGUAGUUACAGUAGGUCUUGUUUGCCUCAUGCUGUAUACGUAGUUGCAGUGUUGCAGUAGGUCUUGUUUGCCUCGUGCAGUAUACGUAGUUAC